GUCACCGGCUUAAGCUACACGUUUUCCAACAUCACAGAGGAUCAGCCCGCAAGAGAGCGCUCCCUCAAAUCAAUACACAGCUAACUGUUUGUGUCUCCUUCCGCUUUUUGGGUGAGUGAGUAAAGGAAGGCGGGGCACCAUGGACGAACAACUCAGUCCCGAUGAGAAGUUUAACCUCAUCACCCGAAACCUGCAGGAGGUUCUGGGGGAGGAGAAGCUGAAGCCCAUUCUCAAGGAAAGAGAGUUGAAGGUGUACUGGGGCACAGCAACCACAGGCAAGCCUCAUGUCGCCUACUUUGUCCCCAUGUCUAAGAUUGCAGACUUCCUGAAGGCUGGCUGUGAGGUGACCAUCCUUUUCGCUGACCUUCAUGCCUACUUGGAUAACAUGAAGGCGCCUUGGGAGCUGCUGGAGCUCCGGGUCCAAUACUAUGAGCAGGUCAUUAAGGCCAUGUUGGAGAGUAUCGGUGUGCCUCUGGAUAAACUCAAAUUCGUUAAAGGCACGGACUACCAGCUGAGCAGGGAGUACACGCUAGAUGUGUACCGGCUCUCGUCCAUGGUGACUGAGCACGAUGCGAAGAAGGCAGGGGCUGAAGUCGUGAAGCAGGUGGAGCAUCCUCUCCUGAGCGGCCUGCUCUACCCUGGAUUACAGGCCCUGGAUGAGGAGUACUUAAAGGUGGAUGCUCAGUUUGGUGGAGUAGACCAGAGGAAGAUCUUCACUUUGGCUGAAAAGUACCUUCCAUCUCUAGGUUAUGCUAAACGAAUCCACUUGAUGAACCCCAUGGUGCCCGGCCUAACCGGAACCAAGAUGAGCUCUUCUGAAGAGGAAUCUAAGAUAGACCUUCUUGAUAAGAAAGAGGAUGUAAAGAAGAAACUGAAGAAGGCCUUCUGUGAACCUGGCAAUAUCCAAAACAACGGAGUCCUGUCUUUUGUCAAGCACGUCCUCUUCCCGCUGCAUUCUGAGUUUGUGAUUAAACGAGAUCCUAAAUGGGGCGGGGACAAAGUUUACACAUCGUUUGAUGAGGUAGAGAAAGACUUCGCCGAGGAGAAAAUCCAUCCUGGUGAUUUAAAGGCGUCAGUAGAGGUGGCGCUGAACAAGCUUCUGGAUCCCAUCAGGAAAAAGUUUGAGACACCAGAGUUGAAGAAACUGACCAGUACAGCCUAUCCCUCCAAAACCAAGAGUGCAGCAAAAGGGAACCCCAAAAAAACAGAAGAUGAGGACGAGAUCAUCCCAUCCAGACUUGAUCUCCGAGUGGGAAAAGUAGUCAGUGUUGGAAAGCAUCCCGAUGCAGACACCCUUUACUUAGAGAAGAUUGAUGUUGGAGAAGAGCAGCCUCGCACUGUCGUGAGUGGGCUUGUGGCUUACAUCCCCCAGGAGGAGCUACAGGACCGACAUGUUGUAGUCUUGUGCAACUUGAAGCCUCAGAAGAUGCGGGGGAUCGAGUCUCAGGCUAUGCUGCUCUGUGCAUCAGUUGAUGGUGAGCCCAAAAGAAUAGAGCCUUUGGAUCCGCCUGAAGGAUCAGCGCCAGGAGAACGUGUCUUCGUAGAUGGGUAUUUAUCAGGGACACCAGAUGAUGAACUCAAGCCAAAGAAGAAGGUGUUUGAAAAGAUCCAGGUGGACCUGAAGAUCUCAGAUGACCGUAUAGCUCAGUGGAACAAGAAAGAUUUGAUGACUAAGCUAGGAAAAAUCACCUGUAAAACAUUAAAGGGUGGUAGCAUUUGCUAAAUAUUCUGUCUGUGAUUUCAAAACAACUAAUCUGUAAAACUUUACAUUAUAAUGGACAUCAUUCAGGGCUUUACCAAAUGGUUACUCUUUACUUCAAAAUAGUGUCUUCAUUAAACUUGUUCAUCUCUUACAUACUGUUAUGUCACUUGCUAGAGAGGAAGGCUAAAAGCACUUUGUCUCAACACCAUGCUGAAACUCUGAUUGUACUGUUGUCCAUAAUGGCCCGUGUUUGGAUUAGGUAAUACGUGUUACUUUUCAUGACUGUUUCUUGUAUGACAUGACAUCAUAAGUCACCUCAUUUUCCUUUAAAUGAAGAGUAAAUGAAGAUAUGAGUACAGUCAAAGUACAGGAAAGCAGUAGCUUCUGAGAUACAAUAUCAUAAUGAUAACCAGACUCAUAUAAAAUAAAUAUAUUCAAUGAAGAA